AAAAAGUAUACUGUCAUCCUGCUGUCACAAUCCGGCAAAGCGAAGCUCUGUUUGAAUAGAAUUUAUAUGUUAAUACAUUAUAUUUAACUAAAUAUCUUAAUUUCAAGCCUUUGUUUUUGAAAAAAUGGCUAGACGUUAUGAUACCAGGACGACGAUCUUUUCGCCAGAAGGCAGACUGUAUCAAGUUGAAUAUGCAAUGGAAGCGAUUAGCCAUGCUGGAACAUCGCUCGGUAUAUUAGCUACAGAUGGAAUCUUACUUGCUGCCGAACGUAGAAAUACCAACAAACUUCUUGAUGAAGUUUUCUUCUCUGAAAAAAUAUACAAACUUAAUGAUGAUAUGGUGUGCUCUGUAGCUGGAAUUACAUCUGAUGCUAACGUUCUUACCAAUGAACUCAGACUGAUUGCACAGAGAUACCUCUUGCAGUAUGGGGAAUCUAUUCCGUGUGAACAGUUAGUAUCGUGGUUAUGUGAUGUGAAGCAGGCUUACACUCAAUAUGGAGGUAAAAGACCAUUUGGUGUGUCAAUUCUGUACAUGGGUUGGGAUAAACACUAUGGAUACCAGCUUUACCAAUCUGAUCCUAGCGGUAACUAUGGAGGCUGGAAAGCAACUUGCAUUGGAAACAAUAGUGCUGCGGCAGUAUCAAGUCUCAAGCAAGAGUAUAAGGAAAACGAAACGACUUUAGCUGAAGCACAAGCAUUAGCCAUCAAGGUUCUCAGCAAGACUUUGGAUAUGACUAAGCUUACUCCUGAAAAAGUGGAAAUGGCAACACUCACACGCAAAGAUAAUAAGACAAUAAUCAGAGUAUUAACAAGUACUGAAGUUGAAAAAUUAAUUGCAGAGUUUGAAAAAAGCGAGGCUGAAGCCGAAGCUGCCAAAAAACAACUACCUAAAUCGUAAAACUAAAAAGAGUUUUAAGGUUCUUUUAUUUGCACAUUAAAUAUUUUAUAACAAUAAAAUAA